GUGUGGUCUUGCAUGCUAGAGGUUGGGAAGUCUGUCUUCAGUCUUAAAGCUGGCUGAGGUGCACUCAGCUGCUGGGCUGAAAUGCUGGCUGAAAUUCUGGCGGAACUGUGGAAAACCUACCUGUUUAAACUGGUGAUCUGAUUUGGGGGAGUCCAGCCCUGGUCCUGUUGAACCCAUGAGGGGAGCAGCUGCUGCUUUGGAUUCUGCUCUGGCCUAGGAGUAGUCAGGCUGUGAUUGAAGGCAUGAAGCAUGGUUAGAAGUAAGACUUUUUAAAGAAUAGACAUCUCGAAACAAUCAGAAGAACAGCAUGGGAAAAUCUGAGAAAAGGGCUGCGACCAGUGGGGUCCAAUGCCUUGCCAAGAUCAAGGUGUUUCUCUUGGCAUUAACAUGCGCAUAUGUAUCCAAAUCUCUAUCAGGAACUUACAUGAAUUCCAUGCUCACGCAAAUAGAGAGACAAUUCGGUAUCCCCACAUCUGUAGUUGGGCUUAUCAAUGGGGGCUUUGAGAUAGGAAACCUUGUGUUGAUUAUAUUCGUGAGUUAUUUUGGAACAAAACUGCACAGACCUAUCAUGAUUGGUGUAGGAUGUGCAGCUAUGGGCCUAGGGUGUUUCUUUAUAUCACUACCACAUUUCCUCAUGGGCAGAUACGAAUAUGAAACAACUAUUUUACCUACAAACAACUUGUCCGCAAGCAGCUUUGUGUGUAUGGAAAAUGGAACCCAGACCUUAAAGCCAACGCAAGACCCAACAGAGUGUGUGAAAGAAAUGAAAUCAUUAAUGUGGAUAUAUGUACUGGUAGGAAACAUUAUACGAGGAAUGGGUGAAACUCCCAUCAUGCCCUUGGGUAUUUCCUACAUAGAAGAUUUUGCCAAAUCUGAAAACUCUCCUUUAUACAUUGGGAUUUUAGAAACAGGAAUGACCAUUGGCCCUUUGGUUGGACUUCUGCUGGGAUCUUCCUGUGCAAGCAUUUAUGUAGACACUGGGUCCGUGAAUACAGAUGACCUGACCAUAACUCCCACAGACACACGCUGGGUCGGUGCUUGGUGGAUCGGCUUUUUGGUCUGCGCAGGAGUAAAUAUCCUGACCAGCAUCCCCUUUUUCUUCUUUCCCAAAACACUUCCAAAGGAGGGAUUACAGGAUAAUGGGGAUGGAACUGAAAAUGCCAAACUGGAGAAGUGCAAAGAAAAGACCAAGGAAAACCGAGGAAUCACUAAAGAUUUCUUUCUAUUCAUGAAGAGCCUCUCCUGCAAUCCAAUUUACAUGCUUUUCAUCCUUGUCAGUGUGAUCCAGGUCAAUGCAUUUAUCAAUUCAUUUACCUUCAUGCCUAAGUAUCUGGAACAGCAAUAUGGAAAGUCCACUGCCGAGAUAGUCUUCCUCAUGGGUCUUUACAUGUUACCUCCAAUAUGCCUCGGAUAUUUAAUUGGUGGUUUGAUUAUGAAGAAGUUCAAGAUUACUGUCAAGAAAGCUGCAUACAUAGCAUUCUGUCUGUGCCUGUUUGAGUACCUUCUGUCUUUUGUUAGCUAUAUGAUGACCUGUGAUAAUUUCCCAGUUGCUGGCUUAACUACCUCUUAUGAAGGAAUUCAGCACUCUCUAUAUGUGGAGAAUAACGUCCUUGCUGACUGCAACAAAAGGUGUAGCUGCUUAACAAACACAUGGGAUCCAGUGUGUGGGGACAAUGGCCUAGCAUACAUGUCAGCCUGCCUCGCCGGCUGUGAGAACUCUGUUGGAACUGGAACCAACAUGGUGUUUCAAAAUUGUAGCUGCAUUCGGUCAUCAGGAAACUCAUCUGCAGUCCUGGGGCUGUGUAACAAGGGUCCUGAAUGUGCUAACAAGCUGCAGUACUUUUUAAUCAUAUCAAUAAUUGGCUGUUUCAUCUUCUCGCUGGGAGUCAUACCAGGGUAUAUGGUUCUUCUGAGGUGUAUGAAGUCAGAAGAGAAGUCACUUGGAGUUGGAUUACAUGCAUUUUGCAUGAGAAUAUUAGCUGGCAUCCCGGCACCUAUUUACUUUGGUGCUUUGAUAGACAGAACCUGUUUACAUUGGGGAACUCUGAAAUGUGGUGAGCCAGGGGCAUGCAGGAUGUAUGAUAUAAAUAGAUUCAGGCGCAUCUACCUUGGGUUGCCAGCAGCACUGAGAGGAUCAAGUUUUCUCCCUGCAGUCAUCAUUCUGAUACUUACAAGGAAAUUCCAGUUCCCUGGGGACAUUGGCUCUUCAGAAACUGAGCCUGCAGAGGUGAAGCUCACUGAGAAGCAAAGCGGGUGCACAGAUGAGCACAGAAGUCUUAAGGUCGAGAAUGAUGGAGAACGGAAAACUAAGCUGUAAUGAGUUUUCUAACUGGCCUAUGCAAGGCCAUGGACAGAAUGUACAUUUCACUAGUUUUGAAUCAUAAGAAGUACAAUAGGAACUCUCAUCUUAAUCCUAAGGCCUUCAAAAUUACUUUACUCAUGAUAAAAAAAAUGACAGCAUUUUCAGAAGGUUGGUGUAGCACCUAAGAUUUUCCCAGGGAAAACUUCUAUAGCAACCCCCCCACCCUUAACCUUAAAACUGCCUUCAUUUUCAAACAGCAUGUUCUCUUUCAACUCAAGGGAAAUGGACGUUUCCCAUAUAUCUUCAAAUGUGCUUGAAACUUUUCUAUUGCAAAAGACUAUUUACAUGUUUUUAAUUUAUAUUUUGAUGCUGGAAGUAUUUAGAACUCAAAAUAUGCAUCUUGGUUAAGCCAUGUUGAAAUAAUUUGUUUUGACUUAUCCUCUGUGUGUUCAAGAUCUCUGCAUCUGUUGUUAUGUACUUAGGAGUGCUAACUCUCUCUGUUUUAUUCCAGUCAAGGCUUCAAAGGUUAGACUCUCUAUAGUGUGCCAUCUCCUGUUUUCAGUCCCUUCUAUCAUUACUCCUGACACACAGUUGGUCAUUUCAUUUAUAUCACUGAAAACUUUAAUCAGGUUGUUAAAAAUCAUGAAGCAAAGAUGAUUGGAACUUUAUUUUUCCCUAGCAAUUCAAAGCUGGUCAUGAAAUACUUCCUUAAAAUCAAGAAUGGGAGAAAACUAGUCCUUUCAAAGGCUCCUUGUAGAGAUGAGCUGUAUCUCAGUGGAAUAGUGAUUGCCUAAUACAUGCGAGGCCCUGGCUUCAACCACAAGGUGGAGUAAACUAUAAAGUAAUAAAAAUAACUUAAUCUAGAUGUAGUAUCAGAUAUUCUGAAAAGGCUUAUUCUCAGAUUAAGGGGGCUUCAUAUUCAAUUUCCAUUCUGUUCAUGGACUACAGAGCACAUAGCUAUUAGCAUUUAUAACCUUAGAGUAAAACUUUUAAAGAGGGACCAGCUAGAAGGUUGGAAAGAACUGUUUGCCACCAAGCUAGACAAGGUUGUUGUGAUCCCUGGGAUCCACAUGAUGGAAGAAGAGAAGAAACACUUGCAAGUUGUCCUAUGCCUUUUUAAAAAGUUGUGUAUGCCCCACCAAAAAUCAAUUAAUAAAUGAAAAAAAUUGAAAGUUGUAAGACUGACUUUUGCUAUAAAUUUGGAAUUCAUAAACUUGAAGGUACACAUUAAAAACAAAAUCUAGACUGGC